AUGGCUGGGACUCCAGAGAUCAAAAACAUUCAAGGUCGAAUUGCAGACUUAUUAGAUUUGCGAUUUGAAAAGGAAACUGAAGAAGGAAGAGCAGCUCAGUUAUGGCAUAGACUUCAGGAAAAGAAGAAGGUUUUUGUUAUCCUUGAUGAUGUUUGGAAGGAAUUCAACUUGGCAGAUAUAGGAAUUCCAUUUGGUGAUAAUCACAAGGGUUGCAAAGUUCUUUUAACAACGCGACUUCAACAUGUAUGUACCAGAAUGGGAAGCCAGAAGAGGAUUCAAUUAGAUGUUUUAUCCAAUGAUGAAGCAUGGACCUUGGUCAAACACAAUGCUGGUCUAAGCGAAUUCUCUGGCUAUGGUAAACUGGAUGAGGUAGCGCAAAAAGUUUCCAGAGAAUGCCGGGGUUUGCCUCUUGCAAUUGUAACUAUUGCCAGGGCUUUAAGAGAAAAAACUCUAGAUGAGUGGAUGGUAGCAAAUCAACAACCGAAAAGCUCUCAACUUGUAGAGAAUCAAGAUUUCUGUCAGGACAUUUAUGGAUGUCUUAAGUUCAGUUAUGAUUAUUUGAAGGGAAGGAAAAUCAAGUUAUGUUUCUUUUUAUGUUCCCAUUUCCCCGAAGACUACGAAAUUAGUGUGGAGGACUUAACUAGAUAUGUAAUUGGGCAAGGCCUAUUCCAAGAUGUUGACUUCAUUGAAGAUACGAGGAGAGAAGCAAGAGUUAUAUUAACCACACUCCAAUGUGCUGGAUUGUUGUUGGACACUAGCAAUGAAGGAACUGUGAAAAUGCAUGAUGUAGUUCGUGAUUUUGCUCAUUGGAUAGCAUCAGAAGGAGAGAGCCAGUUGAUGAUAAAAGCAGGCCUUGGGUUAAAGGAAUGGCCACAUUCUGAGACCUUGGCAUGUUGUACAACAAUCUCCUUGAUGAACAACAAAAUAGGACAUCUUCCUGAGGACUUGGCAUGCCCAAAACUGGAAACUUUAUUGUUGAGUGGCAAUGAUUUGGUGGGAUUUUCGAAUGCAUCUUUUAAAGGGAUGAAAUCCCUCAAAGUAUUAACUCUUUCAGUUAGUUUGUUGUCAUCACUGGAAGGACUUCUACCUUUGACAAACCUGAAAAGUUUAUGCCUGCGGGGAUGCAAACUUUGCGACAUCUCAUCAUUGUGUAUGCUAAAGAAACUUGAGAUUCUUGACUUCCGUGGUUGUUUUCUCGAAAAGGUACCAGAUGAAUUGGGGCAACUGAAUAACUUAAAAUUGCUAGAUCUGUCCUAUGUUGGUGGGAACUGGAUGAUUCCACCUAAUCUGAUACAAAAGCAGUCCAAGCUAGAAGAGCUUUAUACUGUUGAUUCUAGAUUUAGCAGUUGGACAACUGGAGGAACAGGUGAGUUGGCAACCGCUGCUAGCAUAUCAGAACUGAAUUCAUUGUCCCGUUUGACUGCACUAACAAUGAAGGCUAAUUGUAUACGUCUUCCACAAGAUUUUGUCUUCCCUAAAUUACAAAGUGUCAUGGGUCACCAAAGUCUUGUUCCGAGCUUGGAUCAAAUGGGGCUAAAUAAUUUGACUCUUCUUCGGCUUAGACAUUGCAGAGAUAUUCAAUGCCUCAUUCACACAGCCCUUCAGCAGGUUCCAGCCAUUUCGCUAUUUAAUUUGGUAGUAUUAUGCCUGGAAGAUAUGGUUCACUUGAAAGAGCUAUGUAACGGUCCGCAUCCAACAGGCUUUCUCCACAAAUUAGAAAAGUUUACAGUAAAAAAUUGUCCUACUAUGAUCUCUACAGUUCCAGUUGUGAAAAAUUUAAGCGAGGCGACCGUCAUAAACUGUCCUAGGUUGCUAGAGGUAUUCCAGUUGGAUAAUCUUCUAAACACCAAGGAAGAAAAUCAUGCCUCACUACUUUCGCAUUUGACUCAUUUGGAGCAGGAGUUAUUACCUAACUUGAGGUGUAUAUGGCAGGGACCGGUCCAAUGUGUAAGUAUUCAAAGUCUUUGGACUGUGAAAGUUCAUAGUUGUGAUAAACUGACUUCUCUCUUCUCUCCAGUGCAUGCUCAAGGUCUUUUGCAGCUUGAAACACUUGAAAUACAUGACUGCUCUGGCGUGAAGCAUAUUAUCACAGAAACAAUCCACUCUGAUAACCAUCCUCUGUGCUUGCCAAAGUUAACAACCCUAAAGAUCUCUUGUUGUGAUAUUUUGGAAUAUGUUUUUCCAAUCUCUAUGGGCCCCGAUUUUCCACAGCUGAAAGAAAUUAACAUUACUUCUUGUACUCUACUGAAACAAGUUUUCAGCCCUGGAAAAGAAAUGGAUGGGAAGGACAUUGUUCUACCCCAGCUACGGUCCUUACAAUCUUUGGAAGUGUUAGAAGUUGAGGAAUGCCCCAUGUUGGCACCUUUCGUUUUUGAAGAGAUGAUGAGGGCUUAUAUUAAGAGGGUAUAUUCACAGAAAUUAUGGCUCUGUAAGGUUGGAAAUAACUGUCAACCAUGCAACAAUGUUAGCCUCCAGGGAAGACAAAGUGCAUCUGGUAUGGAAUAUUUAAGAGUUGGUAACUGUGAAGAGAUAUUUCAACUCGAAGGCGCAUUCUUCCUCUCAAGUUUGGAUAACCUAUACUCGAAGGAUCUACAAGAUUUACAAGUGAUAUGGAAGGGCCCUACACAAAUUGCUACCCUUAAGCAUCUUACUCAUUUGGAAAUAGUUGAAUGCAAAAGACUAAGAUAUAUCUUUUCACCUAUGUUUGCUCCAAAUUUUCCGCAAUUGAGAGAUCUACAUUUGAAAGGAUGUGAGGAACUGGAGCAAAUCAUUGCCAUUGAUCAAACUUUAUUAUCAUCCUCAAAGGGUCAUCUUCGGCCUAACAGCUUUCCUAAUCUGACCAAAAUGUUGAUCAACAACUGCAACAAGUUGAAAUACGUGUUUCCUAUUAGUGCUGCUCAAGAUCUUCCAAAACUUGAAGAGUUGAAAGUAGAAGGGGGGUCUGAAUUGGAGCAUGUUUUUGAACAUGAAGAUAAGCCAACAUUAUAG